CAAUAUGCAGAAAAGUCUCAUGCAUAACUAACGUUGUAAUCUUCUGCACUGACCACUUUGCCCCUUGCUGCACUACACGGGGCCUUUCCUCUGAUGCACAUGCUGACAUCUGUUUGCUUCUAGACAUCCUCCAAGAAUCAGUUUCACUUUUCGCCUUUCCAUAAAUACGUCCACAUCAUUGGCUCUGAUCCUUUAUCGUCUGGCAACUGCAAGAUAUAGCAGAGGGCACUGCACAGGAGCACCAAUGGAUCAGGGGAUGGAGCUGAGGGGAUGCGUCUGUCGGAUCAAGAGCUCCGCGCUUGAGCUUCUGUCCAUGGAGGAGGAUCUGGUGACUGAUCUGGAUGAUGAUCUGUGCGAUUUGGUCAGGAGGGAUCUCCAGCUCAAAGCCACCUUCCUGUACAUUGACCUGAGCCGUGUGAUCGCCCAUAACGAGUGCGAGGAGCGCAGGGAGGAGAUCACCCUUCUCGCCAACGAUUUCUUCUACUUCAUGGAUGAGCUGGGUGACGCCGUGGCGAGCCGGAGCGUCUCGGUCGUGAAGGUGUGCUACGGCAACACGGCUCGGGCGCUCCGCAAGGUGGUCGCUGCCAUUGCGCCGGCGGCAGCAGCUUGAUGGGCUCAUACCAUCACAUCGGCUGUCUUGCGUGCUUCUGGUAAGAAGCACAAAAAGGAGGGAGAAGCGUGCCUGAAGAAACUGUUGCAGAAAAGAGGACGAGAUGUACUUGUCACCGUGUAAGAAAUGUGGCCACUAGCUACAUCGCCCGUGCACAUUCAUGGCGAGAGAGCUGAAUGAAGCAAAGCUAGAAAAAGAUCAGCUGCCAUUUGGUUUAUCCCCGUGAUAA